AGGGAGGAGUGCAGAAGGGCUGCAGCAUCCCCUGAUGUCCCUGCCCCGUGCAGCUCCACACGCACCUACGAGGUGGUGCUGGGUGAGUACGACUUGGGUGCCAGGGAGGGCCUGGAGCAGCGCAUCCCCGUGGCCCCCACCGACAUCUUUGUCCACCCCAAAUGGCGGAGCUCCUGCGUGGCCUGUGGGGGAUGGGGGGUGCAGAGGGGUGGCGACUCGGGGGGUCCCCUGAACUGCCAGGCAGCCGACGGGCACUGGGAGGUGCACGGCAUUGCCAGCUUCGUCUCAGGGCUGGGCUGCAACGCGCCCAAGAAGCCAACAGUUUUCACCCGUGUCUCCGCCUUCGAGGACUGGAUCGCUGAGAUCAUGAGCCAGAACUGA